CUGAAGAGAAGAAAGGACGCAUUCAGUGCAGCUCUCCCAUCAGAGGAAAGCGCUAACGACUCCCUGUGGAAGAGAACAAAGAGAGGCUAACACCGGACAGCGGACACCCGGGGAGGGGCUGACGUGUUGGGGGCGUGGUCUUGUACCUGAACUGUGAGUGAGGGGUUUAAAUCUGCAGUGAGGACUAGUCUAGUCACACAGAUUACCUGUCGCUGUUAGUUUGAACUGCAUGUGUACCCUGGAGAGAAGAACCGAGACGGUCAAAGCGAGUGACUAGAGCCGUGCUGCACAUCCCACUGACAAUACCUGAACAACUUCUAAACAGAAUCCUGUGUGCUGUCAUGGACAGUGUGGAGAUGGAAUCUGUCCAGAUUAAAGAGGAGUUCCCUGAACUUGAACCUCUCCCCUUUAGAGUGGAGUUCUUUGGGCUGGCUUCCCUCCCCAUGAAACAGGAGCUCUGUGAGAUGCAAUGUAACAGCAGCCAGUCAGAGGUCUCUGAGAUAAAAGCUGAGCACAAUGAAUUGGAGAUCCCCCAGACAGAAGAACACCUUCCUGUUAAACAAGAAGAGGUGCUGGAAAUGGUCUGUAUUAAACGGGGUCCCCCUGAAGUAGAGUCUGACCAUGUGGAACCAGGGAAGGAAGAAUCCGAGGACUUCAAACCAAACAUCCCUGACCUGAAGCCUGUACGCCUGCGGGAGUGUAGCGUGGUGCUGGAGAGAAUCUGCGUGAGAGAGCAAGGUGCAGGAGAGGAAGGCUCUCUCAACAGCAUGCAAGGAGGUGGACAGGGAGACAGGCGCUCACAGUCAGAAUGCAGUCUAGCAGGUUCCAGUCCAGCAGCUAAAGUGAGGGCGGGUGCUGGAGAAUAUCCUGACUCUGGGAAAGGUUUCACCCAGUUACGGCAUUUAAAAAAAACACAGAGAAUUCACACAGGAGAGAAACCGUAUCGCUGCUCUGACUGUGGGAAGAGUUUCAGGCGGUCAGACACCCUGAAAUUACACCAGCGACUUCACACAAGAAGGAACCCAUAUCGCUGCUCUGACUGUGGGAAGAGUUUCAGUCAGUCAGACACCCUGAAAUUACACCAGCAACUUCACACAAGAAGGAACCCAUAUCGCUGCUCUGACUGUGGGAAGUGUUUCAGUUACUUAAAAACCCUGAGAAAACACAAGCGAACUCACACAGGUAAGAAACUGUAUCAGUGCACUCAGUGUGGGAAGAGUUACAGACAGUCACAGAACCUGAGAAUACACCAGCGUAUUCACACAGGAGAGAAACCAUACCGCUGCUCUGACUGUGGGAAGAGUUUCAGACAGUCACACAAUCUGAAAACACACCAGCGUAUUCACACAGGAGAAAAACCAUAUCGCUGCUCUCGCUGUGGGAAGAGUUUCAGACUGUCAGACAGCCUUGUUUCACACCAGCGAACUCACACAGGAGAAAAACCGUAUCGCUGCUCUGACUGUGGGAAGAGUUUCAGUCAGUCAGGAUACCUUGUUUCACACCAGCAAACUCAUACAAGAGAGAAACAUUAUCGCUGCUCUGACUGUGGGAAGAGUUUUAGUUGCUCAGGAAACCUGAAAGCACACCAGCGAACUCACACAGGAGAGAAACCGUAUCGCUGCUCUGACUGUGGGAAGAGUUUCCGUGUGAAACAAGGCCUUCAAAACCACCAGUGGACUCACACAGGAGAGAAACCGUAUCACUGCUCUGACUGUGGGAAGAGUUUCAGUCGGGCAGACAGCCUUGUUUCACACCAGCGAACUCACACAGGAGAAAAACCGUAUCGCUGCUCUGACUGUGGGAAGAGUUUCCGUUUUAAAAAAGGCCUUCAAAACCACCAGCGAACUCACACAGGAGAGAAACCGUAUUCCUGCUCUGACUGUGGGAAGAGUUUCAGUCGGGCAGACAGCCUUGUUUCACACCAGCGAACUCACACAGGAGAAAAACCGUAUCGCUGCUCUGACUGUGGGAAGAGUUUCCGUUUUAAAAAAGGCCUUCAAAACCACCAGUCGACUCACACAGGAGAGAAACCGUAUUCCUGCUCUGACUGUGGGAAGAGUUUCAGUCGGGCAGACAACCUUGUUUCACACCAGCGAACUCACACAGGAGAAAAACCGUAUCGCUGCUCUGACUGUGGGAAGAGUUUCAGUCGGGCAGACAACCUUGUUUCACACCAGCAAACUCACACAGGAGAAAAACCGUAUCGCUGCUCUGACUGUGGGAAGAGUUUCGGUCACUCAGGAACCCUGAAAGCACACCAGCGAACUCACACAGGAGAGAAACCGUAUUGCUGCUCUGACUGUGGGAAGAGUUUCAGUGUAAACCAAGUCCUUCAAAAACACCAGCGAAUUCACAGAAGAGAGAAACUUUAAAAACCAUGUUCAAUGGGAAGGGGAAAAAAAUAUUAACCUUGCAUUACGAAUCCCUGUGUAAAAACGGUUUUGUAGAUCACUCUUAAGAGCAUGCAUUUAAAACUCUCUUGCACUCUGUGUCAGAUAGUGGGUGAUGAUGCGGACACGUCACAAGAGGCUUCUCUGUUGUCAGUUUAACUCAGGCUGUCAAUGCAGUCAGUGCCUGGGAGUGGGAAUAUAUGCAGAAAGGAAACUAUUCCACACCUCAUCUGAUGGACGAGUCAGGAGAAAUCAAUAACUCAGUGUGGAAAUGAGUUUCAGGAUUUAACAGUUAAACUUAAUUAACUUGAAAAUAAAUAAAUUGAGUAUCCCGACCCCGGAUGAAACAUCCCAGAGACAAGACUGCAGCGUCCUUACUGGGCAACCGCCUGGAGGAUUUGUCUUGUGAAUUCAUCACGAUUCUAAAACCAAUGAAUACUGAUAGUGUCGCAUGACUGUAUUAUGACAUGAGUGAGUGAAUAUUGCGUGAUGUGUCGCUUUGCAAUGUGGAUUGUCUUGUGUUUGUGCCUGCUUUUCUAAACUGCCCCGUGUAGCAGGCAUGUGUACAGAAAGUCAAAUUGUGUAAUCUGAGUUCUAAUGAGACUUGACUGUAUAUUUUAAACCUUGUGUGUCCUGAUUUAACAAUUUCUUAAUUUAUACAACAACAUACUAAGCAAUGCUAAAAACAACACCUACGUCUAAAUUGUACUCAAAUGAGCAAAAUGUAUUUUUUGAAGCUUGUUGCAUCAAAUUGAAUAGCAGCGCUGUGCCUCUCUGAGUGGUUCUCAUUGAAUAGCAGCGCUGUGCCUCUCUGAGUGGUUCUCAUUGAAUAGCAGCGCUGUGCCUCUCUGAGUGGUUCUCAUUGAAUAGCAGCGCUGUGCCUCUGGAGUGGUUCUCAUUGAAUAGCAGCGCUGUGCCUCUCUGAGUGGUUCUCAUUGAAUAGCAGCGCUGUGCCUCUCUGAGUGGUUCUCAUUGAAUAGCAGCGCUGUGCCUCUCUGAGUGGUUCUCAUUGAAUAGCAGCGCUGCGCCUCUCUGAGUGGUUCUCAUUGAAUAGCAGCGCUGCGCCUCUCUGAGUGGUUCUGAUGUCGCAUGGAAAUCUAUUCCACAGUCUUGGUGUGUUAUUAUAGCUUAAAGCUCUUUCACCCUUUCUCUUGGUCUUAAUCUUUGGAACAAGCAAAAGACUGGAGUCGGCUGACCUUAGAGCACAGACAGGUGCGUGUGGGCACAGGAGCUCUUUAGAUAGUCAGGAGCCAGACCAUGGAGCGCCUUGCAAGUCAGCAGCAAGACCUUCAAAUCAAUUCUAAAACGUACUGGAAGCCAGUGAAGUGCAGUCAGUACUGGAGUUAUGGGCUCUCUCUUCUUUGUUCUACUUAUCACCGUGGCAGCUACAUUUUGAACAAGCUGCACACAGAAUAAGGCAUGAUUUGGUAGCCCAGAUAACAGAGCAUUGCAGUGAUCCAGUCUAGAUGAAACAAAUGCAUGAAUUAGCUUCUCAGCAUCAGGCAAUGAUAAAAAAAGACCUAAUCUUGGCAAUGUUACAUAAAUAAUAAAAGGACACUUUAGUGGUAUUGUGAAUAUGACCCUCAAAUCAUAAAUCAGAAUCAAUUACAAAUCCCAGGUUUCUGGCUUUGGAAUUUAUAUUUGAAUUAUAUUUACCUAAAUUAGUUUUUAUAGAAUUUACGAACUCCAAUUUCUGCUCCAACUACAGUUACCUGAAUUUAACUGCAAAAAAUGUUGGGACAUCCAGCUUUCCACCUCCGACAGACAUGCAAUUAGGGUGGAGACAACCGAUAUAUCCCCAGGUUUCACAGAGAUGUCAAGCUGUGUGUCAUCAGCAUCACAGUGAAGAUGUACAUGGUGUUUACAGAUAAUCAUGACCAAUGGUAGCAUGUAUAAGGAGAAUAGUAAGGGGCCAAGAAUGGAGCCCUGGGGUCACCACAGGAGAUAGUGGAUAAUUGUGAUACAGAGUCUGCUAUUGAAACAAAAUUCUACCUGUCCGUAAGAUAUGACCUAAGCCAGUCUAAAACAGUUCCUGAAAGCCCUAUCCAACUUUCAAGGCGAUCAGUUAAACUAGCAAGAUCAAUAGUAUCAGAUGCUGCACUUAGAUCUAACAGCACCAGAAUGGAUAUGUGACUGGAGUCUGCGCUCAUUAGUAAAUCAUUCAGCACUUUGACUAGGGCAGUCUCUGUACUGUCACCAGAUCUAAAGCCUGAUUGAAACUUUUCAAGUUCUUGGUUAU